GUUCUUUUUGCUUAUUUCUUUGCCCUUUUAAUCAGGAAACGGCGUCGUUUGGAUCGCUGUUUGAUCGACCUGUGAGUCAGUAAGCAGCAGCAGAAGAAGAUUGCUCUCUGCAUUUCGAUUUUUGUUCAGACUUCGCAUCUCCUGCACUUCGCCUUCGCUCUAACCGACAAAUAUAUAUUUUUUUUUUUUUGAACAAAAAAUGGGUCUUCUGAGUAUAAUUCGGAAAAUCAAGCGCAAAGAGAAAGAAAUGCGCAUUCUCAUGGUGGGUCUCGAUAAUUCGGGGAAGACGACGAUAGUGAUGAAGAUCAACGGUGAAGAUACCAGUGUAAUCAGCCCCACACUCGGAUUCAACAUUAAAACAAUCGCUUACCAAAAGUAUACUUUGAACAUAUGGGAUGUUGGUGGCCAGAAAACGAUAAGGUCGUAUUGGAGGAACUAUUUCGAGCAAACCGAUGGAUUAGUUUGGGUGGUCGAUAGUUCGGAUCGGAGAAGGCUGGACGAUUGCAAAUACGAGUUGGAUAAUCUCCUCAAAGAAGAGAGGCUAUCAGGAGCAUCGUUGUUGAUUUUUGCAAAUAAACAGGAUAUCCAAGGUUCCCUCUCCCCCGAUGAGAUAGCCAAGGUGCUGAAGUUGGAAGGCAUGGAUAAAAGCCGACACUGGAAAAUAGUUGGAUGCAGUGCGUAUACCGGGGAAGGUCUGCUCCAUGGAUUUGAUUGGUUGGUUCAAGACAUCGCCUCUAGAAUUUACAUGCUCGAUUAGGCUGCUGUACUAUGAGUUCUCAUUCUCUAUAAACCUUUUUUUUUUUUUUUCCAAUUAUGGAUCUUGUAUUUUUCUGACAUAAAACUAUGUUGUUGUAGUUCAUCAAGAUUUGCAUGUGGGAACUGAGGAGGUAAGUGGAAUACAUAUUGAACUAUCUGUGAUAUUUGAAAAUUUUGUCUAAAUA